UUCUCUCUCUAUGAAGAAGGCGAGGCUCGGCCUCCCCCACCUCCCAAGCUCUCUCCCACAAAACCUCUUUACCGACGAUUAUUUUUCAUUUCAAAUAUCCAAAAAAUCAGACAAAUCUCUAUUUAUUAUUGCUUUCCUUUUUGUUCAAAAGUUAGGUUAGAGUUUCAUUCCAUGGCGUCCACAAGGAAGGAUGUGGAUCGGAUAAAAGGUCCAUGGAGCCCCGAGGAAGACGAAGCGUUGCAGCGACUCGUCCAAACCUACGGCCCAAGAAACUGGUCUCUGAUAAGCAAGUCGAUCCCUGGUCGAUCCGGCAAGUCUUGCCGUCUACGUUGGUGCAACCAACUCUCCCCGGAGGUGGAGCACCGACCCUUCUCCCAGGACGAGGACGACACCAUAAUCAGGGCCCACGCCAGGUUCGGCAACAAGUGGGCCACCAUCGCUCGCCUCCUCAAUGGUCGCACCGAUAACGCCAUCAAGAACCACUGGAACUCCACCCUCAAGCGCAAAUGCUCAUCCAUGACCGAAGAUUUAAACGACGACGCACAUGCGCAACAGCCUCUCAAGAGAUCGGCUAGUGUCGGUGCGGGUACGGGAUCGGGUACAGCCGGCUCGGGUCUGUACCUGAACCCGGGUAGCCCAUCAGGAUCCGAUUUGAGCGAUUCGAGUUUGCCCGGUAUGUCACCGUCGCACGUCUUCAGACCUUUGGCCAGGACCGCCUCUCUGGUUCCACCGACUCAGCAUGUUGAGGCCUCGUCUUCCAAUACGGAUCCGCCCACCUCUCUGAGUCUCUCUCUUCCCGGAUCGGAUUUGUGCGAGGUCUCGAACCAUGGCACAGGAUCCAACCAGGUUGCGAGUCCCACUCAAGUGGUGCAGCCACCGGUACCGGUGCAGCAAACUCUGUUGGCAGCUCAGAACGGGUACGAGAAGCCGUUUUUCAGUUCCGAGUUCCUGUCUGUGAUGCAAGAAAUGAUCAGAACGGAAGUGAGGAAUUACAUGUCCGGGAUUGAGCAGAACGGGCUGUGUAAUUUGCAGACCGAAGCUGUUAGGAACGCCGUGGUGAAGCGGAUUGGGAUUAGCAAGAUCGAGUAGCCAAACAGACUCUAGACUCUACUCUUAGUACUCGGCUUCUUUUUUUAUUGGGAAAUGAGUCCCGACCCUCAAGGAACGAGAGAGAAGAAGAAAUCGAUCUUUUUUUUUUUUUUUUUCAAUUUCGUUUUUCUUUUUUAAGUUCCGUUCCCCCUAUUUUUUUUUUUUUUUAGAAUACAAUUGAAAAUAAUUUUGGUAGUGUACAGUGGGACAUAAUGGGGUUUGUAAGAAGAGGGAGGAGACGGUGUCGUUUUAUGGUUGAUGGGAAUGGGAGGGAGGGAGGGAGGGAGGGAAUGAGAGUUUGGGGAAACCUGUGCAUUUAAAUUAUGUUGCAGUGGACAUAUUUAGCCUACUUAUCUUCCAUUAAAUUCUCUGAGGGGCUGAUUCAAAGGUCCAAGUUGAUUAAUAGUGAUGGACAGAGAUGACAACCGAUUUUGUUUGCUUCCAUGUAAUUGAAAGGAAAAUCGGACACUCAAAGUUUUGUUUGGGAGCGAGAAGCGAAAAGGUUCUAAAUAAUUUUGUUUGCU